AGCAAUAGACAGUCUUGAAUUGCCCACAGAGAGAGAGAGAGAGAGAGAGAGAUGGCAAGCCUUCAACAACAACAAGGUAAUGGGGGAAGCAACCGAAUUGGAGGAAGCAAUCGCAUCGCGGCCAUUGAUGUGGAGCUGAAGACUCCUAGUCCAACCCACCAAGACUUUGAUAAUCAUGAUCAAGAAUUUGAUCAAAAGCAUUACCAGAAACCUGGAUGGAAAAAGUUUAUGUCCUUUGUUGGCCCUGGUUUCCUCGUCUCAUUGGCUUACAUUGACCCUGGAAACCUGGAAACUGAUUUGCAAGCAGGAGCUAAUCAUAGAUUUGAGCUACUUUGGGUUGUACUUAUCGGAAUGAUCUUCGCUCUCAUAAUUCAGUCGCUCGCUGCAAAUCUUGGUGUAAGCACCGGAAAACACUUAUCAGAAUUAUGCAAGGCUGAGUACCCAAAAUUUGUGAAGUAUUGCUUAUGGUUUCUGGCGGAGAUUGCUGUCAUAGCAGCAGACAUUCCUGAAGUGAUUGGGACAGCCUUUGCCCUGAAUAUACUAUUCCAUAUUCCAGUGUGGGCUGGAGUUCUCAUCACUGGUUUGAGCACGCUCCUACUUCUUGGCUUGCAAAAAUAUGGGGUGAGGAAGCUGGAGAUGUUGAUAGCGGUGUUGGUCUUCAUUAUGGCUGCAUGUUUCUUCGGGGAAAUGAGUUAUGUAAAACCUCCAGCAAAAGAUCUGCUUAAGGGAAUGUUUAUCCCUAAGCUCAAGGGCAAUGGCGCCACUGGGGAUGCCAUCGCUUUACUUGGGGCCUUAGUUAUGCCGCAUAACCUUUUUCUGCACUCAGCUCUCGUACUCUCUAGAAAGAUACCAAAUUCUGUCCGAGGCAUAAACGAUGCAUGUCGAUUCUUCUUGAUAGAGAGUAGUUUUGCUUUGCUUGUAGCAUUCUUAAUCAAUGUUUCUAUAGUCUCGGUAUCAGCAACUGUUUGUUCGGCAAAGAACAUCUCAAAUGACAACUUAAAUCGAUGCAGUGAUCUUAAUCUCAACUCUGCUCCUUUUCUUCUCAAGAAUAUGCUCGGAAAAUCAAGCUCCAUCAUUUAUGCCAUUGCAUUAUUAGCCUCAGGGCAAAGUUCCACAAUUACAGGCACUUAUGCUGGACAAUUUAUCAUGCAGGGCUUUUUGGAUCUUAAGAUGAGAAAAUGGUUGAGGAACCUAAUGACGAGGACCAUUGCCAUCACACCUAGUCUCAUUGUCUCAAUUAUCGGUGGAUCUUCUGGAGCUGGUCGACUCAUCAUCAUCGCAUCAAUGGUACUAUCUUUUGAACUUCCAUUUGCUCUCAUCCCACUCCUUAAAUUCAGUAGUAGUACCACCAAGAUGGGACCUCACAAGAACUCAAUAUAUAUUAUUAUCGUGUCAUGGAUUUUAGGUCUGGGAAUCAUUGGCAUAAACAUCUAUUACUUGAGCACAGGCUUCAUCGGAUGGAUCAUUCACAACAAUUUACCCAAAGUUGCAAAUGUGUUCAUUGGAAUACUAGUGUUUCCGCUCAUGGUUAUCUAUAUCAUCGCAGUUAUAUACUUGAUGGUUCGUAAAGACACUGUCAUAACAUUCAACGAGUCACCAAAACUUGAACCUAAUGCCCAGACAAGUAUAGAGGACGGGCACGCCAACUUUGAGGCUAUGCCCGUGCCAGACCAGGUUCCGUAUAGAGAGGAUUUGGCUGAUAUCCCAUUACCUGAUUAGGGAUUUUCGGUCACGGUGUGAGCUUAAAAUUAAAUAGCUAACUUAGCUCAAUGAUGUAUGUUGCAGCAUUUUUAGAUUGAGAAUAUGGAGAUUUGUAUCUCUUAAUCUAAAAGAAAUGGAGAGAGGGGGUUCUCAAUUUGUAUCUGGGAAUGAUUGUAUGUUUAAUACUAUUGAACCUUUUAUGUAUCAAUCAUGUUUAGGGUUUUCAGUCACAA